UUUUGCGGCUCUGAAAGUGGAAGAGCGAUCUGACAGGAACGUACCAUUCUGCAGCCACAGGGGAAGUCGUUCAGCAGAGCGAGGAGAAGCUGCAGUCAGUUUUUAGAGUUACAAGCUCUCCUCCUUCCCCUCUCAGACUCGGUUCUCGUGUCUGUGGCCUGCUCCGAGGUGGAGGGGGUUCAGAGGAGGAGAGAGAGAGGAGCGUUUGAGAAGCCAGCUGAUCAGAGCUGAGGUAUUCUGCCACAGAGGGGAGAGUCGGUGUGACUGAAAAAAACUGAAGGGAGGACGGAGAAAGCAGCUCCCCUGAUCGAGGAACAGAGUGUUCAGUGAAGAAGAGGAUGCCUCCUUCCUCUCAUGUGAAACUGAGAACUGAUGGAAAGAUGUGAGAGCAGGGUGGAGGUCUGAGGAAGAGUCUCACGGUUAAAAAGGACCAACCCUCGGCUGCUGGUGAGUCGACGGAAGGUGGGAGAACUUGAGGGAGCGAUGUCUUGGCUCUCACCGGUGUCGUGGGCCAAAUGGACUUGGACGGCCGUGCGAGGAGGAGAYGGAGAGGAGGAUGAGGAGGAGCAAGAGGCCAGKGAGGAAAGGGAGCAAUAUGGGAGGAGAGAAGAGGAGGAGGAGGAUAGAUCUCAAAGCUGCAGUGUUGGAGCCAGAGGAGAACCUGAUUGUGACAGCACCUGUCAGGGGUCCGGGUAUGGGUCAGGAUGAGCCUGCAGUCCCUCUGGGUGGUCCCGUUGAGAUUAAAGUGCAGAAUCUGGUUGAAGAGCAAACAGAGGAGGGAGAUAUGGACUCUUUGCCCAUUCCUGAUUCAUCCUCACUGAAGGAGGUGGCUGAACGCACAGCUUCCCUCUCAGCUGAGCCAUCCCCAGACUCAGACCUCAUCCAUACUGCAGGUCCAAUCCCAGAUCUGCCUCCAGCUUCAGGGCCAGCAUCUGUCCCAGAACCCGAUCCAAUCCCAAGCAGUGAACCAGCCGUUUCAUGUGCCUCAGAGCUGCCAGAGGAAAAUCCUUUGGUGGAUCCAGAGCAACAGCACAGUGCCCUCCUCAGCCAUGAAAAGCCUUCAGAAAAGACAAACAAGUCCAAGCCUUCGUGUCUGAAACUCAAAACCCAAGUGGAUCCUCAAAAUGAUGAGGAACAAGAACUUCCUGUUCCCAAGGCUGCUUACAACUUUGACCCCGAGCAACUGGAUGAUAGCUUUAACCCAUUCAUCAGCGGCGGAUCCAAAAUCCAGAACUCUCCCCCACCAUGUGGUCCGAGCCACCUCUCCAGGCCCGAGCCUCUUGGCAGCUCCUCACCCGCCUCUGAGAAUGACUCAGCGACACGAGCAGAUUCUGAAAUGGUGAAGUUGUCUUCAGAGGCAAAGCCUGUGGUGCUGGAGUUUGGUCUGGACGAUGAAGUGGUCAGAAAGCCCCCUCCAAAAAAGUUAGGAGGGAAACGUUCAACCAGCAAACUUGCUACAAAGAAGCAGAAGCCUAAAGAAUCAGAGACCUUCCUUAAACCUGAACCAGAACCACCAGCACCGGAGCCACAUCCUGAGCCAGAACUCCCUCCUCAGCCUGUAUCAGACCCUGCUCCAGAACCGGACACAACAGACUCCUCUGCUCCUCUGAACCUGGAUGAUGUACCGAUCCCCAAAGCCGGAACGUAUAACUUUGACCCCAGCAAGUGGGACGAUCCGAACUUCAACCCGUUUGGAAGCAACACGUCAAGCAACUCUCCGGUGCUCCCCAAGGGCUCGUACAGCUUUGACCCGGAGAACUUUGACGACUCCGUAGACCCUUUUAAAUCGUCAAAAUCCCUGAGCAACGAGGACUCUUCCUGCGGCGUCUCUCAAGCCGAGACAAAAGUCAAAAACGAGAACAAACCGAAAGCAAGACAGGCCGAGAAGAAAACGAGGCAGAUACCGAAGAAAAACAAAGACAGGACAACCACGACCUCUGAGCAAGUCAAGUUUCUCUGUUUUCUGUUGAAUUCCUGUAAGGUACAGAAGUAUGACGAGAGCGAGUCCUUGGUGCUCGAUGUGUGCAAUCAGGGGGAGGAUGAGGUGGCGGCUCAGACCCCGGAGAUCACUCAGCGAAUUCAUCACGCCACCGAUGAGGAGAAGCUGGCCUCCACUGGUAUGACUGGUCAGAGUCAGACUACCAACAUCCAGGAGGAGAGAGAGGAGCUCCAGUGUGAUGAAGAACCUGUGAAAAAGCAGCCAUCCAGUGAAAUAUCUGUAGAAAGUCUUGAUAUCAAGAUUACAGAUCACCUGAAGGAGAAGGAAACCCUGAAAGAUGAUAUAAAUGAGAGCUUCGUGCACCAAGCAGUCAAACUGAGCAGUGGCGAGGAUCCUGAGUCAGCAGCUCUGUCUCAGGAUGACGUCCCUCUGAGUGAGAUGGACAAGGCUGCAGUGCUCACCUUGAUCAGGGAGGAGAUUAUCACUAAAGAGAUUGAGGUUAAUGAGUGGAAGAGUAAAUGUGAGGAGAGCAGAGCGGAGGUUAUGGAAAUGAGGAAAAUUGUUGCAGAAUAUGAGAAAACAGUGGCACAGAUGAUUGAGGACACGCAGCAGCAGAAGAGCCUCUCCUGCAGUAAAUCGGUCAGACAGUUGACUCUAGAGAGGGAUCAGGCUCUCGCUGAUCUCAACUCAGUGGAGCGCUCCUUCGCUGAUCUCUUCAGGAGGUAUGAGAACAUGAAGGGGGUCCUGGAGGGCUUCAAGAAGAAUGAGGAGGUGCUGAAGAAGUGUGCACAGGACUACCUGCUGCGCAUCAAGCAGGAGGAGCAGCGAUAUCAGACUUUAAAAAUCCACGCUGAGGAGAAGCUGGACAAAGCUAAUGAGGAGAUCGCUCAAGUUCGUGCCAAGGCCAACGCUGAGAGUGUCGCUCUGAAUGCAAGCCUGAGAAAGGAGCAAAUGAAGGUGGAGUCGCUUGAAAGAGCUGUCCUUCAGAAGAAUCAAGAAAUUGAGGAGCUCACUAAGAUCUGCGACGAACUGAUCGCCAAAUUGGGUCCAGACUAGGAAACAUUAAAAUAAUCUUUGCAGCACUUUGACGGCCUCUUUCAGCUGGAGUCAUGGAGUAUUUUUACAUCCAUCUUAUUUUAACUAAUUAUACAUUGUUUUGACAUAAAUACAUAAUGGCUUCACAUCCUGGAUUUAUUUUUCCUUUCAAAUUUAAAUUUGGGUCCAGGACAAUAUUUCUUUAUUUUCCUUGUGUUUUCAUGGAAGUUACAUCAUCAUGAAGGUGUGCAUCACUUAUAAUGAAAAGGCAUCAUUAUUUAUUCAUCAUAUGUUAAUGAUGAUUUUAAAUGAAAAUCAUUUUCUUAGAAAAAAGUGGAAAAUAACUAUUUUUUCUUUUUUUAAGCAAUGUUCUUUUAUGAGAGCAUUUAAACUAACAGUUUCUUGUUUUACAAAAACAAAACCAUCAAAUAUUUCAGCAUCUGUGCAGGAAUUAAAUCAAAGAUGAUGCAGGUUAGAGGAGAAAGCACAGACCUGUUCUCAGCGCAGCACAUUUACCUUGUAAAUAUCUGAACACAAUCACAUAUCCAUUCUGAGUGCCUAAAACUGGUUUUGCUUUGUCUGUUUUCUGCUUCUUACAUAUUUUUGCUGCUUUUCUUCUGUGAUUAGUUCACAUGUAGGUGGUUUUUCAGCUUGUCUCUUUUGUUUUACCGGUUGACUUAUCUCAGUUAUUCAAAAGACUGAAGCGAAACCACUGAGUUUACACAAAAUGUACAUUUCCUCCUGUAAAUCAGAGUAUGUUAUAGUGCACUCGUUUGAUAUGUUACAACAUUACUAUGUUGUAAUAUUACCCAGGUGCCGUGUUGCUUUGUGUCACUUAACCUCUGGCUUUACUCACAUCAAGAUGUUUUGGUGUGACCUUUUUAUGCCUAUUUCAUUUAAGCAGGAAAGUAUUUUAUUUCCUUUCAUGCAGUUCUAUACAUUGUUGCCAAAGUGUUCUGUAUACUGUGUAUUACUGUAUUCUGUUCUUAAUAUUCUGAGCUAACCGGGUUGCACUCCGUAUGGCUUUACCUGUGGCGAUUUACCAAUAAGAGCUAUGUUGUUUGGCGCAUGUGUUCGUCAUCUGACGUUUUCCCAUUUGAACGGAAACAAAUUAAUGUUUGCAGCCCCGCCCAGUUUAUGUUUAAAGAACAAAGAUUAGUUCCCGUUUUCCUUCUGCACAAUCAGAUGCCAAAUAUCAAGAUGAAGUGAACUUUGGUGUGACCCUAUGUCCUGUUGUACAGCUCAGAGCUGCUGGUCAAAGCACAUCCGUUGAUAUGGUACAGUGUGUAUAUUUUAUGAAAAGAACAUUCAGAGCUAUGUUAUUUGUACAAUGAAAGAGUUAAAUAUGUACUGAUUGUAUGUUAUUGAGUAUAUUUUGUGCAUUCCUAAAUAAAUGGUUAUGAUUUAAUAAAA